AUGUUCAAUCGAUCCUCAUCUGAUGUAAAUAUUUCUUAAAUAAUCAGAUUAGCCAAUGAGAUAAAAUUGAGUAUUUACAAAGUGGUAUACCUGAUGAUGAAACAGGGCGAAGAAUCCCUAUAUGUCUCCAUCUUUUUUUCGAUCGUGUAAUUCCUCCAAUUAACCUACCUGGCUUUUGGAUCUAAAAUAAUGUACGUGUGGAAUAAUGAAGGAGCAGCAACCGAUCUCAGUAAUAUCCUUUCGUAAUUAUUUAAAUAAUCGAUAAGAUACUUCGUCAUAAGCGCUCACUUGAAACACUAAAAAUUCGAGCUCUACCUAGCCUUUUUUUACGCCUUUUUUGGAUUAGUGGUCAUAUCAAUUGCACUAUUUGUCAUAUUUGCAUUCGCAUUUAAGGUAGCAGUACUUCCCCUAAUGAUACUGAAAUCAUUGCUGAAACUAUUUCUGACAAUUGGCUUUCUCCCCAUUAUGCUCUUAUUUUUUGGAAUUCUUUCAUGCAAAGUAAAUAGCAAUGGAAUUGAGGUUUGGUCUUACAACGCAGACGUUGAAUGUUGGGGGAACGAUCAUUACAUCCACGCCAUAUUUGCAAUCAUAGCAAUCCUACUGUUUCAGAUACUGACCAGCACUACAUGUUUAAUUUAUUUCGAGAGCAAAUUUGUCUAUGGAAAUGCAUUUGCCCAACGAUCAGGAAGACCCUAUUCCUAUUAUCACAUCAACGUCUUCAUCAUCAUCAUGUCAUAUCAACUCCUUGAAACCCCAAGAUUCAGCUCUCUCUUAUUGGCCAUUUUCACUAUCUCAAGCUUUUUCCUCUUUUAUUAAAUUCACACAGAAAAACCUUUCUACAAUAAAGUCAUCUAAAAAUUGUGGUCCAUAAUCACUGCCUUGAAUAUGUGGACUUCCAUUAUGCUAAUUUUCGCAUAUCUUUUGGAAGGCCAAUUCUUUAGAGAUGUCAUUUGGGGUUGGGUCGGAGGCAUUCCACUCAUUGUUUUGAUCAUAGUGAAUGAGCAAUUAUUUGAAGUCGACUUAUUGGGUUCAAAUAUCAAUAGGGCAAUAUCAGGAUAGCAGAUCAUCAUACUAUGCGAAUAUCUUCUAUCCUUAUUGGAUAAGAAUGAUCAGCAUUCGUCAUUGAUGUUAGAUGGAUUUAUUGAAGUACACAAACAAACUUGUUAUAGGAAUGAUUGCAUAUUAAAAUUUAAGAAAAGUCUGAAUGAAAAAAAUAAAUAUGCUUCCCUUCACGACAUGGAAAGAUACACUGUAUUCAUAGAAUUGAUUAGCUAAAUCUAUUAUGAUGGCAUCAAACAGUUCCCAUAGGAUGUCUUUUUGAGAUUAAACUACUCAUACUUCCUUAUCGAUAGACUUAAGUUGAAGUAGCAGGCCUUGAGUGAAUUGCAAUAAGCAGAAUCUAGUGGUCCUAGUUUUGAUCAUGAAUUCAUCAUCUAUAGAUAUAAAAGAAUAAUGGAAGACGAUUUGCAGGAACAAUAACAAGAGAAUAUUAAUCAAGUUGAUUUGGUCACUGAAAUAGCCUUUCAGACUCAAAGCAAAUAGUUAAUAUAGCAAAUAGAGAAAACUUCUCUUAUUUAUAUUGACUUUUGGGCUUAAUUGCAGGAAGAGGUCCCAGACAUUGGUAGAAUCAACAAUUUGGGAUUUAAGAUUUUGGAUUCAGUAAAUUUAGUUUAAGAAUAGUGGAAUAGAUUAAAGCGACUAAAUUAAAAGGCAUCCAAACUAAAUCGUUUGAUGGGGAAAUACUACUCGCAAAUUAUGAAUGAUGAAGAAAUGGGAUAAAAGUUGAUUCAAUAAAGUCGAAUGAAUUAGAAUGAUAAGUUUAAAGCAAUAGAUUUAGAAGAAAUCCAAAACGAAUGUCUACCAACAAUAACUAUAUUGACUGAUGUAGAUAAGAUUGGAACAAUUAGUAAUCUGAAUAAAGCAGCCUGUAGUUUAUUGGGAUAUGCUAAAACUGACUUAGUUAAUAGGAAAUUAAAUUUGAUACAACCAGAUCUAUUCUCGAAAUACCAUGAUCAUUUCCUGGAGAAUUUUCUGGAAAAGUAUCAGGACAACAAUCCAAAUUAAUAGGUUAAAGAAAAAUCGAUUUACGUUAAGAAUAAGUAGGGUUACAUCAUACCGUGUCAAUUAAAUAUCAGAAUGAUAUAAACUAUUAAUUCAGGUGUUUUUAUGUGUGGGACUAUUAAAUAGGAUAUCUAUCAUAAACCUAUAAGUAUAUUUUUGUGCUAAACUAAUGGCAUCAUCGAAAAUAUCAAUUCUACUUGCAUCAGGAUGUUUGGGUUGGAGUUGAAGUCAAUUACUAUUAAACCUGUUAACAUUCUGGAUAUCUUUCCAGAUAUAUUUGAUCGUAAAGAAGAAUUACUAUAGAAAGCUGGUGGAAUUUUAACUUACGUAAUUGGAACUCGAUCCUCUAAGACAAAUACAUCUCAUAAUUCAUUACAAGAUUUAGAAAUAGAACAUUCAUAAAUACUUGAUCAUUAGAAUAAAUAAUAAAUUUAGUUUUAAUGCUACCUUUAAGAAAUUAAGUUUUAAUGUAUAGAAGAUGAAAUCAUCCAAAAUAAACUACAAGGGUAUAUUAUAAAGUUAGACAAAUUUAAAUCUCCAGAGAAGAUGUAAUUGUAUACACAAAAUAAGAGCAUUUAAAAUUAAUUUCAAUUUAAAUUUAAUUAUUUAACUCUAACUUACGUACUGGAUUUUGGAAACGGAUUAGAUUCCUAAGAUCCCACUGUAAAGGUUGAUUAAAGUAUUAUUUGGGAAGAUUAAACAAAAGUAUCACAAUAGGUCAUAAUUGAUCCUCAGAUUUAAGGAAGUGAUUGCUAAACAAAUUAUGCAGAGGGAAUCAAAAUCGUCAGAUUAAUUGGGGAUCGGAUUGUUGAGAUAGAAGAAUCCAAGUCAGAUGAAUAUGAAGAUGACAAUAUGCAGAGUCUCUUUUAAUAGAAUGAAAACAAUGAGGACGAUUAAAAGAAUGAAAAAGAUACCAUCAAUCUAUAUAGAUCAAAAAACCAAUUGGAAUAAUUGUUAUCUCAAUCUAAGAUACCUAGAACGGCAAUCAACUUCAGAAUAUUCAUAAAUAUAAUGACAUUAGUUUUGGUAUUGAUAACUUUCUUAGAAUAUUUUAUCAACUCUGAUUUCAACUAGAAACUAUUGGACUCUAUGCCUUUGGUGUCAUGGAACAACCAAAGAUCCAGUACCUUAAUGGGAAUCUAAUCAGUCAUAUAGGAUUUGAAAAGUGUUCAUUAUGACCAACUUCCUUUGUUGAAGGAUCCAGAGGUAGGGUACACGAUAAUUGAGAAAUAGUUUAGAGGCUGGUUUGAUAAGGAAUUAACUUAAUUGAUUUAAUUGUAGAAAGAUUUGACUUUGGUUUCGGCUGAGAUUAAUGAUGAUUAUAAAUGGGUCUAGGAUUAUUAUGAAAUGGAAAUUGUUGAAAUGGUAUCUUUGGAGGGAGGAAAAUAAAAUUAUACUUUUAAUGAAGCAGUACAAUCUGCAAUAGCUAAAGCGUUGUAAAUCAAUAGUAGUUCUUUGGAUGAAAUAAAUGAUCAGAAUGGGGACGUUUAUUAUAUUGAAUAUAAUGUUUUCAACUCAAUUACAUAAAGUUUAACUAUUCCAGCUGAAUAUUUUAAAUACAACAUUAUAUCAAGAGGAGAAAUAUUAGAAACUUCAGUGACUGCAUUUCUGACAGCAGCAUUAUUUAAUUCAAUUAUACUAGAAUAUAUCUAAGUAGUAAAUUAAGCAGCAUUGUAGUUAUUCUUAGAUCUCAAUGAGAAAAAAAUUAAGUCUAUCUAUGUUAAGUGUGAGAAUUUCAUCACAAGUCUUUAAGUUGGGGAUGAUGAUGAUGACGAUUAGUUCUUCUCCGACAAUGAUGACAAGGAAGAGGAGAAUGAAAACAAAGAGAAGGAAAAAGAGGAAGGAGAUAAUUUAUUGAAUGGCAGAAAAAAGAGGAAGAAGUUUAGAAACUCCAAUUAAAAUUAUAAGCAUUUAAUAUUUGCUUUGUUAUUGGUCAUCGAAAUAAUGGCAGCCUAUUUUAUAUAUUUAUUUGUUUCAGUCUAGUCUGAAACUUCCGAUAUCAUUGAUUUAAUACCUGUGUUUAAUUAGACCUCCUUCGCAGAGUGCUAUUACAGAUAUUCUGAUAAUGCCUUACGAAAAGCAUUAGAAGUUGAAUAGUACACUUUUGUUGGCAACUCCUCAGUUGAAGUUCUGAACUUUUUGAUUGCUGAACUGUAUAACUUGGAUGCAGCCAUUCACUAAAUCCAUUCCUCAAAUUCAGGCAUUCUCAAUUCAGACUACUUAGAUGUAUUUAAUAAUAUCUUCAUUUUAACACCUUGUGAUUACAUAGUUCAAAUAGACACUUAAAUAACCUAUGACAUCUGCUUAAACUUUAAUGAUGGAGUCUUGCAAUAAGGAUUAUCUAUUGGAAUGGCCAAAUAUUUCGGAGAAGUUUUUUCGGCAAGUCCCUUCAACUCUUAUUAAAUGCCUACAAUAAAUCUUUUAAGAUUAUGA